UUUCUUAACCGUCACAGCUCGUUACUGUCAUAUCUGGCAUUGUAUAUAAGCAUACUUGUUUAUAUAAUUGUUUAUAUAAUACAAUUUAACGAUAUUUAUAGGAAAAAUUUACUUUAAAUGCUAAGAAACUUUAUUACUGUAGCAGUAAUAAAUUUAACUCACUUUAUUAUAUUUAAAGCAUAGGAUCAAAAUAUGUAUUUCAGAAAUCUUGCGCCUUUAUUGAGAAGAAAUCCGAUUCUUAUGGGAAGAAUGUGUCAUCAAAGGUUUUUGAAGCAAAGUUCUGAACCACCAGCUGAAAAAAAGGAUGAACCAAUCAAAUUUUCAACAAGUAAAGCUGGCCAAUGGAAAGCAAGGUAUACCUCAGCUGGGGAAGAUUAUGAUGAUACCCCAAGAAUCCAAGGACUGGUUAUAGUCGUAAGUUUAGCUGCGUUUAUGAUUCAUUUCUGCAUUUUAAGGGAAGAAAAUGAUUUAGAUGACUUCUUGAGAUAUGCAGAGUCAAAUGUGCCCCUAGCCCUCCAAGAAGCUCAAUUGCAAAUUGAAAUUGAGCAGCAUAAGCAAAAGCAUGCUGAUUACACUGAAUUGCAAGAUAAAUUGCUGCAAGUACGUAAAAUGAAAAAAGAACUUAAACAAACAAUGAAUGUUCAAUAAAUUGUUUUAUUUUGAAAUAUUUAUGUAUGAUGUAUAUUUUAUUUGUAAAUAGUUUAAGUAAUAAAUUAGAUAUAAAUCAA